CACUGAGUUGCUCAAGCAAGACAGCACCAUGAAACUGCUCCUGUUGUUCCUGCUCUGUGUUUCCUCUGUUAAAUCCCAGGCUUCUACUGACUAUGAUGAUGAUGUGGACGACAUCCCUGUGCCUGGGGUUCGAGGCCACCGACCCCUGGACAAAAGGCGGGAAUCAGCCUCCACACCCCGACCAGUGGCACCUCCCAUCAGUGGAGCUGGAUACCAGCCCCGGCCCCCAAAGCGAGGGAGGACAGAGGACAAGAAAGAACGCAUCACCUACCCUGACGAGGGUGGCUGCAAGCAUCCUUUAGAUGAGCUGGGAGUGCUGUGUCCAACAGGAUGUGAGCUUCAAACCAUACUGCUGAAACAGGAAAAAAAUGUGAAACCAGUUGUUCGCGACCUAAAGGACAAAGUGAGCAAGCUGUCUGAAAGCUCUGCAACAUUCUAUGAAUAUGUGACUGUUCUAGAAGAUAAACUGAUAAAGAGGCAAAAACAAAGAAAAGACAACGAUGAUAUAUUUUCACAGUACAACUCAGAAGUGGAACUGCAUUAUAAUUAUAUCAAGGAUAACCUGGACAAUAACAUCCCAUCUAGCCUCAGGGUCCUUCGUGCAGUUGUGGAUUCUUUACACAAGAAGAUACAAAAGCUGGAAAAUGCCAUUGCAACCCAGGUGGACUACUGUCGUUCCCCAUGUGUUGUUUCCUGUAAUAUUCCAGUGGUUUCAGGCAGAGAAUGUGAAGAUAUUAUCAGAAAGGGAGGUGAGGUAUCAGAAAUGUAUCUCAUCCAGCCAGAUUCCUUCAGCAAACCAUACAGAGUAUACUGUGACAUGGAAACAGAUAAUGGAGGCUGGACUUUGAUUCAGAACCGUCAGGAUGGCAGUGUUAACUUCGGAAGAGUAUGGGAUCGGUACAGGAAAGGAUUUGGAAAUGUUGCCAAGAGUGGGGGGAAGAACUACUGUGACACACCAGGUGAAUAUUGGCUUGGAAAUGACAGGAUCAGCCAACUUACCAAAAUAGGGCCCACUGAAGUUUUAAUUGAAAUGGAGGACUGGAAUGGUGAUAAAGUAUCAGCUCAUUAUGGAGGUUUCACCAUACAGAAUGAAGGAAACAAGUAUCAGCUUUCAGUUAGUAACUACAAAGGCAAUGCAGGCAACGCGCUAAUGGAUGGAGCUUCACAGCUGCAUGGAGAAAACAGGACAAUGACAAUUCACAAUGGCAUGUUCUUCAGUACUUACGACAGAGACAAUGACGGAUGGUUAACUGCAGAUCCCAGAAAACAGUGCUCCAAAGAAGAUGGUGGUGGAUGGUGGUACAAUCGCUGCCACGCAGCCAAUCCCAAUGGCAGAUACUACUGGGGAGGGACCUACAGCUGGGAUAUGGCAAAACAUGGCACAGAUGAUGGUGUUGUAUGGAUGAACUGGAAAGGGUCAUGGUACUCAAUGAAGAAGAUGAGCAUGAAAAUCAGACCAUACUUUCCACAUUAACCAUUAUAAAAAUGUACAGAAUCACAAGUUUUCUUUUAAUAUUUGUACAUUGUUAUCUUUUUGUCCACAAUAUUCAAGUUUGUCUUACAUGUGAGAGCCAAGUAUGUUCCCAUGAGCAUAUUGUGACUAAAAGUGAAAAGCUACGUGCUGUGCCAAUUGCAAAUCAAAAUCUGACUGAAGAAAAUAGCUCACGUGUGUAUUUUGUUACAUUUUUCAUUGGUUUCCAAGACAGAUAUAACAAGUAGAGAAAAACACUUCUAAAAAAGACCUCAAAUCCAGCUUGUUUCAGUCUUUUACAAAGGCCUUCUAGACCACAAGUUUUCUAAAAAUUAAAUAAAGCCUUAAACCUGAAGGUUUCUUCAUGUGAUUCAUAAGUGGCUAUGCAUUAUAUGGGGAGAAGCAAACACAUUCCACUAAGUAAGGGACAACAAUUUUAUGUUACAAAGGCAAUGGUAACUACCUGUGUAACAAGUUGAGAAUGAACAAAUUGAAAAGAUAGUAUCUAACAAAUGGAUAGGCCACCAAUCACUUAGUUCAAAUCCCAUAUGCUGGAUAAAAUAUGCUCUUUCAGGGGUCCUAGUUCACAUUAUGUGCUUCUUAAUAGCCUUUCCACCGUCCCACAGACUUUUAUUACAGAAUAAAAUACAGCAUUAGAA